GCGUACGUUUGCGGGGCACCGGCAAUUCGCGUCUAACCGGACUCUCUCGACUCAUAUCUCUACUAGAAUACAUGACUCUCUGUUUUUCUCAUCUGACUCGAUAGAUUUCUCUCGCUUUCUCUUUGGUGAAGUAGGAGAAGAGGAAGAACAUUGCUCAUCCUCCAUUAGCUUGACAGUUGCAACAGCUCACAGAGUACAUUUUUCCAAAGAUGCUUGGUGCAUGUGAAUCAUUACAUGCCCGGUCUUCACUUCCUUCUGGUCGUUCUGAACCUGAGCUCAAAGACGGUGAUGAAACUGAACUAGUGUCAGUUGCUUGGAACCAGGACUAUGGAUACUUUGCUGCUGGCACAAACAGCGGAUUUCAGAUUUGUAAGUGUGACCCUUUUAAGAAUGACAUCCGAAGGGAAAAUACAAGUGGGGGAUUUGGAAUUGUGGAAAUGCUGUUUCAGUGCAAUAUCCUGGUACUCGUUGGCAAUGAAAGUAAUAUGCAAUAUCCACCAAACAAACUUCUUAUCUGGGACGAUAAUGACCGUCGCUAUAUGGGUGAACUUUCAUUCAGAUCUACGGUUCGCGGGGCAAAAUUAAGACAGAACUGCAUAGUUGUGAUUCUUGAACACAAGAUAUUUGUAUACAACUUCAGGGACCUAAAGCUUCUUCAUCAAAUAGAGACUCUGGCUAAUCCAAGGGGACUCUGCUGUCUUUCACAUCAUUCAAAUAACUUUGUGUUGGCCUGUCCUGGUCUGAGACGGGGACAGGUUAGGAUCGAACACUUUGGUUUGAAGGUGACGAAGUUAAUCAGUGCACAUGAUUCUCACAUUGCGUGCUUGACGUUGACUCUGGAUGGGCUUCUUCUUGCUACUGCUAGCACAAAGGGUACUUUGAUUAGGAUUUUCAACACAAUGGAUGGGACCCGCCUGCAAGAGGUCCGUAGGGGUGCAAACACAGCAGAUAUUUAUAGCAUUGCUUUCUCCCCAGCUGUCCAAUGGAUGGUAGUGUCUAGUGACAAAGGAACAGUCCAUGUAUUCAGGCUCAGAGUUCGAGUGGCAGGGGAUGUCUCAUCGAACAAUCGCGGUGAUCAAGGGCUUGUAAUGGCUCAUCAAAAUUCAUUGAUUUCUCUUGAUGCCUUGGUAUCUCCAAACAUGGGUUCCAAUACAAGCUACUCUUCUUUCAUGAAAGGGGUGUUGCCAAAAUAUUUCAGUUCUGAAAGGUCGUUUGCUCAGUUCCGCUUACCAGAAGACACUCACUUUAUUGCUGCAUUUGGAGCUCAGAACACUGUCAUGAUCAUUGGCAUGGAUGGAAGUAACUCCAUGAAGCAUGCCCCAAAAUGCCUCCAAGCUUACACAUGGCACUUGCGCAUCUUGCUCAGGACCGCUGAUUUGCCAGGCCAUCAUGCGGAUGUGCCAAGGCGGAAGUUAGCAAUCAGGCAAUGGCAGCCAUCCAUGUUGAGAGGCUUUUUUACAAAUGCAGCUUCGAUCCUGUGAAUGGAGGGGAGAUGUUGCAGCUGGAACACAUCCAGUUUCUCAAAGCCAAGAGCAGGCAGAAGCCCGGCAUGGCUUCUUGAAAAUCACAGGGUGAUUCAAUUUAUGCAGGUUUCUCCAUGUAGAUAUGACACUCGGCGUCUCUGUACAUAGAGCAUAUAGAUUUCUAUCUUCCCUGUGACUCUGCAUUCUCAAUUGAGCCAAGGGGUUUUGCAGUAGCUUAUCGACAGCCAUUCAAGGGCCCCACAAAAUACCAUCUAUUUUUCGUGCCAUUAAUUCUAUGGCAGUUGUUGGUGUGGUGGACCCCUCUUAUUGAAUGGUCUGCCUGCGGCUACAUAGGUGGACCUGCUUGGAUAGUGCAAGAAGGAUAGAAGGAUAGAAGGAUUUUUACUAGAUUAGUCUCCUUGAGUCUUUCAUUUAUUCAUUUUAUCAAAUAGAACUGAAAUCUUGUAGUUAGUUAUGGCAGUUUGGAUGUUCACUUUGGAAUCAGGUGAUGGAAUCAUCAGAGACAUCCAUAAUGACCCGAUGUGGCAGGAUUUGAUUGGGCCAUGUGCUGAUGUCAGAGAUGAGACUCACACAAUACGUGUUUGAAAGUUGUUCGACUAGGCCCAUCUUUAGUGGGGGCAUGUGGUCCAAUCAAAUCCUGCCAUAUUGGGUCACAAGGAAUAUCCCUGGUGAUCCGAUGUGGCGGGAUUUGAUUGGGCCAUGUGUUGCUGUUUGAGAUGGGACCCAUAGAAAAUGUGUUUGAAAAUUUGCUUGACUGGGCCCAUCUCUAACAAGGGCAUGUGGUCCAAUCAAAUCCUGCCAUAUUGGGUCACCAUGGAUAUCCCUGGUGAUUUGGUCACCAUGGCUCAUGGUUCAUGGAUUGGGCCAUGGAAUGUAUGGCUUACAGUAUCAGUUGAAAUGCCUUUGUAUGAAGGGUUUGGAUCAUGGUUAAAAGACUUGGAUCCCAGAUGUAUUGGA